UCGGUUGUCCGUUGGUAUUGAUGGGACAUUAGGUGAAGCUAGAGCGAGCAACUUACAAUGCACACCAUUCAUUAAGUAGUAUAAGCUGUCAUGUCGCAGCACAUAUUUGUUCUAUGUGCAGCUGAUGUGUGUACACUCCCUUUGUUUUAAUAGGCAUUUCGCGUCACUGGUUUCUAUUGCCGUUAUGGGUCGCAAGAAAAGGAAGCAGCUGAAACCUUGGUGCUGGUACUGCAAUAGGGAGUUUGAUGAUGAGAAGAUUCUUAUUCAACACCAAAAAGCAAAGCAUUUCAAGUGUCCGUUUUGUCACCGAAAGCUAUUCACUGGUCCUGGCCUUUCUAUCCAUUGUAACCAAGUCCACAAGGAGAAGUUAGACAAAAUUCCAAAUGCUCUCCCGAACCGCACGAGCACUGUCAUUGAUAUUUAUGGGAUGGUUGGUAUUCCUGAGGUAGAUCUCAUUGAGCACGAACGUCAGAAGCUGGGCAUUGAAGCUGAGGAACCUCCUGAGAAAAUUAGCAAAAGCGAAGAAGGAACUUCUUUUUUGCCUCCGCCGCUACCACCGGUCUUGCCGUUUCUUCCUCCUAUGGCCCCUCCAAUGGUUACCUACGCUCCUAUUGGUGUUCUUCCCGGGAUGUCUCUCAAUCCGCAUAUCAGCGCCGUACCAUUACCACCGCCGCCACCUCCACCACCGAGCGGGCCAGCUCCGCCUCCUCCUCAACCCGCAUCUGUAAUAGGAGACCAGUCGCCAUCCUUAACUCCUAGGGCCACUUUCCCUGCCUAUUCAUCACCGGGACCAGUGAAGUCGCAAGUACCCAAAGUUCCGAAACCUGUGUCGGGGGUCAGUGGAGUGACGGUGGAGCUCAUACACCCAGCGGAUGAUUUGUCCCUGGAGGAACUUCGUGCGGAAACUGUGCGCUAUAAACGACUAUUAGAAGCAGCGACUGCCAUGCCGUCAACUAACGUUAUCCCGACUCAGCCUGCAGUUGUACCAGGUGGAGUGGCUCCGAUUGGAUUGAUGCAUCCGAUGACGCUCUCUCAUGCGCCUAACAUGAUGUAUCCAGCAUCGCCUCUAGCGUCGGCUGUGCCUUUAGUUUGUGCGCCGGGAUUCAUGCCACCCCCAGGUAAGUGUUUCUUUCCAUUCACAGUGACCGCACAUUCCUGA